UUUUGCUAUGUUUGUAGGAUUUUAGGAUACUGCUGACCCCACUAAUGGAAUAAGAGUUUUCUGAAAAACAACUCAAAAAGAAAGUAACUUUCUGAGGAGCGGCACCAUCUCCUGUCUGCCUCUCAGAGGAAAAUGGCUUCUCAGCUGGAGGAGGAUUUCAUCUGCCCUGCCUGCCACGACAUCUUCAAAGAUCCCGUCCUGCUGUCAUGCAGCCACAGCCUCUGUAAAGCCUGUCUGCAGAGCUGGUGGACGGAGAGGCGAAUCCAAGAAUGUCCAGUUUGUCGGACAGUGUCUCAGUGUGGUGAUCCACCUCGUAACUUGGCGUUGAAGAACUUGUGCGAGGCCUUUUUACGACAGCGAGGUCAAGGAGCCUCGUCAGUGACACACUGCCGUCUGCACUCUGAGAAGCUCAAACUCUUCUGUCUGGACCACCAGCAGCCGGUGUGUGUCGUCUGCAGAGAUGCCAAAAUACACUCUGACCAUAGGUUCAGCCCGGUGGAUGAAGCUGCUCAGGUUCACAGGGAGGAGCUCCACAGAUUUCUGAAGCUCUUACAGGACAAGUUAAGCGUUUUUAAUGAAGUGAAAGUGCAGUUUGAUCAAACAGCAGCUCACAUGAAGGUCCAGGCCCGACGCACAGAGAGGCAGAUUAAGGAGCAGUUUAAGAAGCUUCACCAGUUUCUGGAGGAGGAAGAGGAGGCCAGGAUGGCUGCACUGAGGGAGGAAGAGGAGCAGAAGAGUCAGAGGAUGAAGGAGGAGCUGGAGGCUCUGAGCAGAGAGAUAGCAGCUCUUUCAGACACAGUCAGAGACACAGAGGACGAGCUGAGAGCCGAGGACGUCUCCUUCCUGCUCAACUACAAGGCUGCGGUGGACAGAGUCCAGCGGCGUCCCCUGCUGGAGGAUCCACAGCUGCUCUCAGGAGCUCUGAUCGAUGAGGUCAAACACCUGGGCAACCUCACCUUCAACAUCUGGAACAAGAUGAAGGACAUGGUCUCCUACAGUCCUGUGGUUCUGGACCCAAACACUGCUUGUACAGAACUGGUCCUGUCUGAAGAUCUGACCAGAGUGAGACACGGAAAGAUCCGGCAGCUUCCCGAGAACCCAGAGAGGUUUGCGUACUGGGACGCUGUCCUCGGCUCUGAGAGCUUCGACUCGGGGACACACAGCUGGGACGUGGAGGUCGGAGACAACAGAGACUGGGAGCUCGGGGUGCUGGCAGAGUCUGUGUGCAGGAAGGGGUUCUCAGGGUCGACGGUGUGGAGCGUGGACUUUAACGAUGCAGGCUACAGAGCGUACUCCCCCACACACAAAUACAGUCCACUCCCGGUCAGAGGGAAGCUCCACAGGAUCCGAGUCCAUCUGGACUGGGACGCAGGCACGUUGUCCUUUUCAGAUCCUGACACCAACACACACGUACACACCUUCACACACACUUUCACUGAGAGACUGUCCCCGUACCUGUGCACCAGGAAGACGACCCCUCUGAGAAUACUGCCUGCAAAGGUCUCUGUCACAGUGGACGGUUAAAGAUCUGUUUUAGGCCAAGGGCCCCUCAGCUCAAACAGCAGCAGGACCCCCGACCACAUGUACUGUAAAAAAUUAACCCUUUGAAACCUGAGCAUGCUGGCUUCCCUCCUUUCUAAAACAUGCGAAGCAGUUACAAAUUACCAGUUACAAGCAAAUGUUCUGAAAUUUUGCCACAUAAACGAAUAACUAAGUUAAAAAAACAACUAAAUUGAACAAAAUAAAAAGAGGA